GCCCCAAAUUACUCUCAAAACCAAAACGUUUUGGCGCUCAACAAUCCCCCCAAUUGAAAAUCCCAAAUUUCGAUUUUGGCACCAAAAAUAGUUCUGCAAUUCCCGCUUCCCAAUUCGAAAAAUGCAUCAAAACUUCAUAACCAGCCCUCAGCCUUAGAUUUUCAUUUACAUAGCUCUCUUAUUUUUUUUGUUUCUUUGUUUAAUCUUUUAGAGUAAGAAGUUACAGUGGCCAUGGCUGUUGCUUCCAACUCUGCUUCCAAAACCAAGCUCUCUUCACCUCAGAAGAAGGGGGCCAAAGUAACCAAGAAGAUUGAUCAAGCUGCUGCUGUUGCUGAGGAGAAUGCUCAACAGCCCAAGCGAAUUAAGUCCCCGGGAGUUCGCGUUAUCGGAGCCCGAAUUUAUGAUUCUGAGAAUGGCAAGACUUGUCACCAGUGCCGUCAAAAGACCAUGGAUUUUGUGGCCUCGUGCAAGAAUCCGAAGGGAGGGAAGAUUUGCACCCUUAACGUUUGCCACAAAUGUCUCUUGAACAGGUAUGGAGAAAAAGCUGAAGAAGUGAAUUUGUUGGAUGACUGGACAUGCCCUAAAUGCAGAGGCAUAUGCAAUUGCAGUUUCUGUAUGAAGAAAAGAGGUCAUAAACCAACCGGCAUUCUAGUUCAUGCUGCCAAGGCAACUGGGUUUAGCUCUGCCUCUGAAAUGAUACUAGUGAAAGGGCCAGAUAAUUUGGGUCUUGACAGGAGUGUGAAAAGAACUGUUGUUUCCCCCAUAAAAUCUGUUAUUUUAAACAAGGAGCCUGAGUCUAGAGUUGUGUCACCAACGAAACUAGGAAAGGAAAAUUCAUUCGAUGGAAAUGCUGAUGCAAAUUUAGGCCCUAUAAAUUUAGCACCGAUCUCCAGUGAGAAGAAAAGUAAGAAAACAAAGAGAGAAGGCUUAAAGGAAAUUGGCAACGCUGACAAAGUUGCAGGAGAUUGCUCAACCCAAAGUAGCCCAAAAAGGUCUAAGGUAUCUGCAAAAAAGUCUGAAAAGAAAAUUAAAACUAUAAAGGACAAUUGUGUUACUAUGGAAACAAAGAGUACCAAGAAAAGGGUUUCAGAUGAAGUUUCACUCCAAUCCAUCAAACCAGAGGAUGAUGGAAACAAGAACAAUGAUGUGAAAGGCAAAGAAAAAAUGUCUGUAAAGAAAAUUAAAACUGGAAAGGAUGAUUGCGUUCUUGUUGGGAAAAAGAGUUCCAAAAAAAGGGCUCUAGACGAGGUUUCACUCCAGCCCAUCAAACCAGAGGAUGCUGGAAAGAAUGACGUUGGGAUAGCCCAAGAUGCAGGAGUUUUAAAUUCUUCAAAAGAUAUGAAUGUUAAGGCCAAAAUACGUAAGACUAAAGUUUCAGAGCAGUCACUUGAAAUCAAGAAAUGUGCAACAAAUCUUGAGCAGGCAGAAGUUGAGGAUGUUCCUUUGCCUCAGGGAACUCUCUUAACAACUGUAUGGGGUUUUGAAUUAUCUCCUGAAGAUGUUGGGCAUGCCCUGCAGUUUUUAGAAUUUUGUUUGACUUUUGGGAAGGUUCUUGAUGUCAGGAAUGGACAAGCACAAGCAAUACUUCGAGAAUUAAAACGUGGAUCUAGUUUUCGUCGAGGACAGUAUUCCUCAGCAAUUCGGUUUCAUACCCAACUCUUGUCUCUUAUACAAGAGGAUACAAGUGAAGAGUCUUCAUCCAUAAGCAGCAAAAAUUCAUGGCUUCAGGCUUUAGAGAAAUGCAUCUCUGAGUCUGAAUGUGUAUCAGAGGAACUGUCUGCUUGUUUUGGCAAAGGGGUUAAGGGAUAUGCUGGUUUGGAUUUUUCAAAAAAACUGAGAAUCUUAAAUUUUCUUUGUGAUGAGGUUCUUUGCACAACAAAAUUGAGAAGUUGGAUUGGUGAGGAAAAUUCAAAGCUUGUUGAGAAAGAGAAAGAGUCUAAAGAAAAAGUUGCUGCAGCAAAGAGUAAGGAGAAACUCCUCAAGCAGAAGAUGCAGGAUGAGCUUGCUGCAGCUAUUGUUGCAAAAAAUGGUGCUCCACUUUCAAUUUCAGAGCAUGAAGCUAUUGUUUCACAGAUUAAAAGUGAUGUGGCAGAAGCUCAUGCUGAGAUACUCAAAGCAAUGGGCAUUGUAACUAAGAGUAGAAGAAGAUCUGAUGCUGUUCGAACAGAACCUAAAUUUUCGGAUGCUGAUGGUCAUGUUUUUUGGAAAUUAAGAUGCUGCGGUGGUGAAUUGGAUAUGUUACUUCAAGAUAUGGGAACCUCGGUUGUGGACUCAUCAGCUGAAAAAUGGUUUGCGUAUGGUUCUAAUGUGAAAGAAGAGAUUGAGAAAUACAUUUCUUCUAAAAGGGCAAAAUGGGCAAGGAGCCAAAGUUUUGCUCGUCAUCUAACUAGUCAAGCUGAUUUUGUAAACCCAGAAACAGAAAUUUGCGCCUAAUUUGCUUGAGAGGCACAAUUGAAUUUCCAUUGUGACUACGAUUCAAUUUCACAUAUGUAAAUGCAAAAGUGAAUCGAUCUCCUUUCUACAGUCCUACAGUACAUUUUUUGUUGCAGCAUUGGUUGGAUAGAGCUGAAGAUUAGGCCAUCUAGACAACAAGGGAGCUUGAUUAAAUCUUCUCAAGGGUUGUGUUACUUUUGUAAUUUGAUUACAAUGCUGUACUGUGUACUCUAUUCAUUCUAAAAUGUGAUUUCUUUUGUUGCAUUACAA